UUGCGUUCGCGUUUUCCAGCAGUUCAGAUGGCCACGCGGCCGGUUUUAAGAUGAGCCCAUCGUUGCUGCCGUGCGGUCGGUACUCGUCCUCGUCCACAUCCACAUCCACAUCCUCGUCGUCUUUGUCGUCUUCGUUCAGCUCGUCCUGCUCGUCUUGCUCGUUCUGGUUAGAGGACGUCGUGAGUGCGGUGGCAGCUGGUGGCACAACUACCACUACCAAUACUACUUUUGCUAUUGCUGCUGUAGCUAUUAUAGGGCCAAAAACAACUGCGAAUGAAGCCCUUGUGCUGGCUUAGCCGCAAAAAAUGAAAGUGAUUUAUAUGGCCAAAUGAAAUAUGCUCGCCUAAGUGAACCGACCGGCCCGGAAUUGAGUCAAUUAAAAUUCAAUUAUGCGACCAAAGAUGAAGGAGAGGCCGCGCAAGCGUUUGAAAACCGUUCGACCGCUGAACUCCUGACUGAACCGGAAGUUUAAACUGCCAUUGAAGUGUGUUCCCCAAGCAUAAUCCAAGCAAUCGAUCAUAUCACAAGUGGAUAAGAGAGUACAUAUCGUGUAACACCACAAAAGUGGGUUAAAUUCCAGACUAGUGAGACUUAUCAGCGGCAAGGAUAUACGCCAGAUAUCAAAACUGCAAUUACUUUUACCCUUGUUCUGCUUGUCAGCGUCGUCGUUCUGUGUCUUCGCGUUGCAACUGCCGGUUGUAAAAGUUCAAGAAGUGGUGGCAAACACGAAUAUAAACCCAAACACUGUCCAAAAACCCCCACCAAAAUAAAAAACUCCACUCAGCGAGCUUGUUCGAAUGGAAAUCAAUCAAUUGCACAAUGCCAGAAUGCAAGCGGUGUAAAAAAGUGAAUUAAUUGCACAGCACGACGUCAAAGCUAAGAAACAUAACAAACAGCAAUUUAACAAUAAAGAAUAAAAUUGCACAUAAAAGCACCACACGACACGACUGUCAUUUGUAAUUACAAAUGAGCAGGAAAAAAAGUGGCAUACAUAAUUCACAAUUACAAUAAAUUUUAAAGCAAAACACAUACCUAUAAAUACAGCAAAGUAUUUGCCAUUAAAUUAUCUGUGAUUUUUGUCAACAUAUUAAAUAUUUUGCGUGCGCGUGAUUAAACUCCCAUAUCCCGUAUUCGUAUCCCAUAAUUUAAAGUGAAUAGUUGUGAAUGGUCCCAGUGCGUUCGGCUUGAAGGCAAUUCUAUUCGUCGCCGGUUGUUUGUUGUCGUUCAUUUCGCUUGGCGUUGAUUUCUCGUAGUGCUUUAAGUGUUGCAUAUCGAAUCGGUGUUGAAUCGCAAUCGCAAUCGGAAUCGGAAUCGUGUAAAUAUCGUACAAAAUGGCAAUGGUUAUAUCGACGCGUGCCAAGCUCGUGAUUACCGCGCUGAUUUUGUUCUUCCUGCUCGGCAUCGUUCUCGUAACGGGCUCCACAAAGGGAUGGUUCAAUCCCAAUCGCUACAACGGCGAACGGGUGGCAGCUAGGAUUCAGGCGACAGACAUCUUCGACGCCAGUGGCAUGCAGCCCCCGGGACAGACGCAGUAUUCGCACGAGAGACCGUACCGAGGCAUCAAGGGCGAGAAGGGAGAGCGGGGGCCCAAGGGCGACAGCAUUCGCGGUCCGCCGGGACCGCCGGGUCCGCCCGGGCCCAAAGGCGAAACGGCCCCCUAUCCGCCCUUUGUGGAGACGACGAGUGCGGGGGCUAAAUACACUGGCGAGUGUACAUGUAAUGCGUCUGAUAUCCUAGAGGCCAUCAAGGACAAUGAGUCGUUGCGGGAGUCGUUGCGCGGAGCACCGGGCACGCCGGGCAAGGAUGGAAAGCCAGGGACCCCUGGACACACCGGAGCCACCGGAGUGCCAGGAGCCAGAGGCGCCCGGGGGUCCGAGGGUGCCCAGGGGCUGAAGGGCGAGCCAGGCGUCGACGGACUGCCCGGAGUCAUGGGUCCGCCGGGACCACCGGGUCCGCCUGGUUUGCCCGAGAACUACGAUAUAAAUUGGAAUCCAACCAGGACCUUCAAGGAAUCCCUAAUGGUCAACUCGAUGGGCGCAUUCCGGGGCACGACGCAGCCAGGAGCCAAAGGUGUGCCCGGCGAGAAAGGUGAUGCCGGCCAGAAAGGAGAGCGUGGCGAUCCGGGUCACAAAGGUGCACACGGGCCCAGCGGCGCAAAGGGUGAGCCCGGCGAACCGGGAACACCCGGACUGCCGGGAUUGCCGGGACAGGCCGGACAGCCCGGCGGACUUGAGGGACUCGCCAGUGCCAAUGGGACCAAGGGCGAGCGGGGCGAGAAGGGCGAGAAGGGUAUGCGGGGUCGGCGUGGAGGAACUGGCGCCACUGGACCAAUUGGACCGCCCGGAAAACCCGGACCCAUGGGCGAUAUUGGACACUCGGGCCGUCCUGGCAUGACAGGACCAAAGGGUGAAAUGGGUCCCAAAGGACCAAAGGGCGAUUCCGGCGGACGCGAAGGGACAAAGGGCGAUAAGGGAGACCGAGGUCAGGAUGGUCGCGAUGGCUUGCCAGGACCUCCAGGAUUACCCUCCACUGGUGGAGCCGAUGGCGACAGCGGCGGCGUGCAGUACAUCCCAAUGCCAGGACCUCCAGGACCUCCGGGACCACCGGGUCUGCCGGGACUUUCCAUAUCAGGACCCAAAGGAGAACCCGGAAUGGAUUCGCGAAGCUCUUUCUUUGGCGAUGCAUCCUACUACGGACGACCAGGAGCGCGCUCAUCCUUGGACGAACUCAAAGCACUGCGAGAACUGCAAGAUCUUCGCGAUCGGCCCGAUGGCACAGCCGAGCCACCACGCCAGCCAGGACAUUCCCACAAGCAUGAGGAGACCCUGGGGCUCGUCGAUGGCGAGGAGCCAUACUUCUCCGCAUCCUCAUCGAAUAUGAACAUGAAGAUUGUGCCGGGCGCAGUCACCUUCCAGAACAUCGAUGAAAUGACAAAAAAAUCGGCCCUGAAUCCGCCGGGCACAUUGGCCUACAUCACCGAGGAGGAGGCGCUACUGGUUCGCGUGAACAAGGGAUGGCAGUACAUUGCGCUGGGAACUCUGGUGCCGAUUGCCACGCCCGCUCCGCCCACAACGGUGGCACCCUCGAUGCGAUUCGAUCUGCAGUCGAAGAACCUGCUCAACAGUCCACCACCCCUGCUCAAUACGCCAACGUUUACAACCGCGCCCGAAUACGAAACGUGGUAUCCGCGAAUGCUACGCGUGGCCGCACUGAAUGAGCCCUCCACCGGCGAUUUGCAGGGGAUUCGGGGGGCGGACUUCGCCUGCUAUCGGCAAGGACGACGGGCAGGACUCCUGGGCACCUUCAAGGCGUUCCUCUCAUCCAGGGUACAGAAUCUGGACAGCAUUGUGCGUACGGGUGACCGGGAUCUGCCCGUGGUGAACACUCGUGGCGAUGUGCUCUUCAACUCGUGGAAGGGCAUCUUCAAUGGCCAAGGUGGCUUCUUCUCGCAGGCGCCGAGAAUCUACAGCUUCAGCGGCAAGAAUGUGAUGACGGAUUCUUCAUGGCCCAUGAAGAUGGUGUGGCACGGCUCGCUGCCCAAUGGCGAGCGCUCCAUGGACACCUACUGCGAUGCCUGGCACUCGGGUGACCAUCUGAAGUCCGGCUAUGCCAGCAAUCUCGAUGGCCACAAGCUGCUCGAACAGAAGCGCCAGUCCUGCGACAGCAAGCUGAUCAUCCUGUGCGUGGAGGCACUUUCGCAGGAUCGCAAGCGCAAGAAGCGGGAAAUCGGCGACGGCAGCAGUCACGGCGAAAGUGAAGGCAGGGAGUUCAAGACGGCCGAUGAGUAUGCAGCGCAUUUAGAAAAUUUACUGCUGUAAGCGGAACCGGAAGGAAGAAGCAGAGCGGCGUCACACCAAACCAUUCUCAUGCAUAAAACAAAACAAAUCACAGCACUCACACACACACAUAUAUACACACCCAUACACACCUACACACCUACACACCUACACACCUACGUGCAUACAUUGAAUGUAAACGUGAAUCAUGGCCAUGCAUAUAAUCAGCGAAUUCCAAACAAAAACCAAAAAGAGAAAUACUCAGACGGCAGAUGGAUGUUGCAUAUAAAUACAUACUUACAUAUAUUACCCGUACGCAUACACACUACUCGUAGGUAAUAUGUCUAAUAUAUUGCUACACGUCGUAUAUGAUAAACGCAAAUAGAUAUAUAUAUAUAUCGUGGAUAUAUAUAUAUAUAUUGAGUUGUACUUUAUGUUUAGGACACGGCACGAGCAAGCAGCAAUUUUUUGUACAAGCAGAAAACGUAUUUGUAGUUUGUAAACUGUAAUUUGUAACUUACCGAUAGCCGUAACCGAACUAAUGUCUAAUUUUGUAAUUACAUAAGCUCACCCCACAAUGAAAUAGAAAAAUAAACUAAAAGAACAAAAAGAAAAAGAAAAGAAAAACAGCAGCGGAACACCCAGUCGCCUCCGCCUACGCAAUACUGGCCAAAUUAGUAUCCUACUUAGAACGUAUGGCAAUGCACCCGAGAAUCGAGAAUUCAAAGGCUCUCCAAACUCUUCACAGGACCCUGUAUAUGCGUGUAUAAAUGUGUAUUUUUGUCAAAAGACUUCUAGGUGUGUGUACAUUAUAAGUAAGCCCCGCGUGGUUACAAUACGAAACAACCGUUUUUAACUAUCGCAUGCAGCCCUUUCUGCCCACUCUAUAUACGGUAAUAUAUAUCUGAAGGUUAUAUAGGAUAUACAUAUGUUUUACGAACGAUUUCUACAGUACUCCUAUCGUAGGCCAGAGAUUUUCUACAGCGUAGCUCGCGAUUACCCACAAUACUCGUUACCGACGAAUAUUCCACAUUCGGAUCGCAGUUUUUAUAUGCAUCAGAUGAGUAACGAUAAUGAAAUUAUAGCAUAAUCAACACACAUACAUAAGUACAUACACAUACAUACGUGGAUGGUAAAUUCGUAAUUUAUUGUCAUUCGAUAACGAAACACUUAACUAAAUUCUAAUUAUAGUUACCGAUAGUUAGUUACAUAAUAAUUUCUUUUUGCAUUUAACCAAUGCAUUUCCAACUACAACAUUUGUAAUGUAAUUAAACGUAAUUGUAACGACAGUUAAGGUAUUAAUUUAAAACAAUAAACCACAAAUGCAGAACACAAAGCGAUUGGCGCGGUAGCCAAACGCAUGGUGACAUUAUAUAGUACGAUUAAAGUAAUAUAAAUUUAGUGAAAUCAAAACUGAAGUGCAGAACCCUCUAGUCCUAAGCCUAAAAUAUGAUGCGAUGAAAAGAGCAGAGCGAGUGCAUAACAGAGAUACAUAAUAGCAUAAUAUAAUUGAAUAAUAUGAAACAAUAAAAAGUAAACUAUCAAAUGCA